CUGCUUGCGGUGUAUAUAUAUAUAGGCCUCCCUCCAGUUAAGGAGCCCCCGCCCUCAAUUAGAGUCCGAGCCCCCAAUCAAAGAAUCUCUUGCUCUCGCUCUCCGUCUUCAGCAAGCUACUCGUUCUCUCAAAUUCAGGCCUCCCUCUCGUUAAGGAGCUCCCGCCCCCAAUUAGAGUCCCAGCCCCCAAUUAGAGAAUCUCUCGCUCUCACUCUCCUCCGUCUUCAGCAAGCUACUCGUUCUCUCAAAUUCAGACAUGGGAGAUAAAAUGGUAUCCAACUGCAAAGAUAUUGUUUUAAGAAAUUCAGAUAUUGACACUCUAAAAGGACCAUGCUUUCUCAGUGACCAGAUCAUUGCAUUCUACUUCACUUAUUUGUCUUGUUCCUUCAACACCAAAACUGAUAUGCUGUUAGUACCACCUUCCAUUUCUCUGUGGAUUGCUAAUUGUGAGGAUACCACUUGUGUUGAAGACUAUGUUCGGUCUUGUGAGAUGUCGAGCAAGAGGCUUGUCCUUUUUGUCGUAAAUGACAAUGAGGAUUUUGGCGGGGGAGACGGUGGAAACCAUUGGAGCAUCCUUGUGUAUGAUAGGACGAAGAAUCUAUUUCUUCAUUUUGAUAGCAUGAUGGGAGUGAAUACUCCUUAUGCUGUGAAGCUUUACGAUGCUCUCAAGGAAUUCAUGGGGCCAGGUGGCGAAUCUUCAAUCCCACAUACUUCAUCUUCGCUGACAAAACAACAGAGGAAAAAGAAGAAAAGCGGGCCAUCUGUUCAAAGAGGGUCAAAACCCACCCAGCCACCUGUAACCAGAGAAUCAGAAGCCACUGUAGUUUCUGGUUUGCCCAUGUUUGCCGAAUGCGAGACGACCCCUCAACAACAAAAUGGAUAUGAUUGUGGUCUGUAUGUGCUAGCUAUUGCUAGGGCUAUCUGUCAGUGGUGUUCCGAGGAACAUAAGAGGACUGACAUGAUUUCAACAAUAGAGAAGAACGUUGAUUCUUCUGUGGAGAUGAAAAUGCGAAGUCAGGUGUUGGAGAUCAUACGCGAGAUGGCUGCGGAUAAUUGAGAGGUUCAUAAAGAUAUAUGGGAAUCAUAUAAUAGUGGGACUGGACAUAGGAGGACAGAACACAGUGGUGGUAAAGCAAGAUAAAUCAUCAAACUUGGAGGCAUCAGAACUUAAAAAGAAUUUUUUAUGAACUUGGAGAUCAGUUGUUUAAUGGGACUUGCACCUUCACUCCCAAAGAUCGAAAGCACAAGGCUCCACCAGUUUUUACUGUUUUUGAUCAUGAGUCUCCGUUUCUAGAUAACUUAUCAGCAGUCAAGUCAAAGAAUGGAAGCCGGAUUCUCCUAAUUUGUUACAUCAGUGUACAAGAGGACCACAACUUGAGCAAUCCUUCUGGAUUAUGAUGGUAAUUUGGUGCCUCACUCUGCAAUUGAUAAGAGCCCAACCCCCAAAACCAUAGAAGUCUUGAACAAUUUGUGCAGGGAUAAGAAGAACAUGGUUUUUAUCGUUAGUGCAAGAGGCCGAAACACUCUAGGCCAGUGGUUUUCUGCUUGUGAGAACUUGGGAAUUGGAGCUGAACAUGGUUUUUUCUUAAGACUGAACAACAAUGCCGAAUGGGAAACAUGCGCACCAGUUGUUGAUUGUAGUUGGAAGCAGAUUGCAGAACCUGUCAUGAAGCUGUACACCGGACAACUGAUGGAUCAACAAUUGAAGACAAGGAAACUUCUACAGUCUGGUGUUAUGAAGAUGACAAUCCUGAUUUUGGUUCUUUUCAAGCAAAAGAACUUCUUGAUCAUCUUGAGAGUGUGCAAGCCAAUGAACCAGUUACAGUUAAGAGCGGGCAGAAUAUUGUGGAGGUUAAACCACAGUGUGUAAGCAAGGGGCUUGUUGCAAAACGCCUACUUUCCACAAUGCAAGAGAGAGGAAUGAUACCAGAUUUUGUCCUGUGCAUAGGAGAUGGUCGAUCAGACGAAGACAUGUUUGAGUUUAUUUCCAGUUCCAUUGCAAGUCAAACUAUAGCUUCAAAUGUCGAAGUUUUUGAAUGCACAGUCGGUAAAAAACCUAGUAAAGCCAAGUACUAUCUUGACGAUGCUGUGGAAAUUGUUAGGUUGAUGCAGGGAUGAGCCUCAGUUUCAGAACAAGCUGUGCUUGAGUAAGCUUUAAAAAUUUAACAAGUGAGUAUGACUUUGAUUUUAGGCUAUGUAUGCUUCUGGUAUGAUGCUGUUUUAGUUCUGAUAACAGUAGCUGAUGCUUUUUGCCUGUUUGUGAGUAGGUACAUAACUUUUUUCAUACAUCUUUUAACCA